UCUUUAUUGAUCACAUAUACAUAUGCACAGCAUCCCAGCAUGUCAGGAAGCUGGGGUCAGAGCGCAGGGUCAGCCAUGAUACAGAGCCCCUGGAGCAGAGAGGGUUAAGGGCCUUGCUCAAGGGCCCAACAGUGGCAGCUUGGCAGUGCUGGGGCUUGAACCCCCGACCUUCCGAUCAGUAACCCAGAGCCUUAACCAAAGCCGUAUAGUGACUAGCUCGUUUUUAUAUCUUCAGUGACAAGAAAAGAAAGUUCCUCGUUUAUAAGCUUUACUCAUUAGUGGUCAGCAUUCUCUACACUCUGUUCUCACUGCCCGGGUAAUUGUCAAUCUACAUUCCCUUUAAGCACAUCCUUCACUGCAGCAUGGGUUUUUUCUUCUUCUAGCAUAGUCUGCAUGUCUUUUAAAGGUCAAGUCCAUGUAUAUCAUAAUUAACUGUGAUAUUCUGAGGAGUGAGACAUUAGUGACCGUCAUAACAUCUCUCUAUGAUGCAUUAAUUAUAACACAAUAUGCCAUGUGACCUUCAAUUAUUUCAAUAGGAAAUAUUCAUUUAUGUGGAAGGUGAGAAUUCUUCAUGAGGUCUAUGCCUCUGUGUAUAAAAGGAUAGAAAAGAGGGAUGGAAAGAGAAACAGAAGAAAUUCACCUGCAAUUUAACUCUGAAGAUUAACAUUAGAUAAAGAUGUAAGUGAAUGGUGUGCUGCUUCUGCAGUAUUCCUUGUUAAGGAAGGGUGUAAGUAGCUGAAUGAUCUUUAAUUUGUAUGUGUGUGUGUGUUUGCGCGACAGGUUGACUGUAUUGGUUUUAGCAGCAUUGCUCAUGGUCUCAGUUGAAUCGGACACCUCGAGCACAGAAGAAUGGAGAUCUCUGAGCAAUCCAAAGAGCAGAACGUUGUUUUUCCAGAUUCUACAGUCGUAUCUUGAUGGUCGAGAAGAUGAAGCUGAAGGCAGAAAAAUACAUAUGACAGAAGAUGCGGACAGCAACCUGGCAAAUACUGCACUGGACAAAUACAACUUUCUCUACAAUAGCAUUUUUGAUGUUGAAUAACAUUACAACAAAUGUAUUAGAUUAUGUCUGUAAUUACCAGAUAUAUUAAACAUUAUUCUGUGUUGUUUCAUUUGGUUGACUAAUCAGUUACUAAUACACACCACAAAAACAUAGCCACUUCAAUACCAGUGUCAGAAUUAUUUCCAGUGUAUUCACAUGCUAUUAAAUUUCUUACAUUUUACAGUUAUAUUAUAAUUACAUUUUUCAGCAAGCUUAGCAUUGUUAUAAUAACAAACUCCAAUUCACAGGGAUGUACUUUUUAAUAAACGCAUGAAAGGAAAUAAAUACAUUUAUUGUAGUUAUAGUUAUUCUUCUUCUUAUUAUUA